AUGUCCGGCUCGUCCGCUGGUGGAAGUGUGAUAGAGCGUAUUCGCGCCAGAGCGAUAGAGUCACGUGAGAAUGAUAGCUCGCGGUCUUCUCUAGGAGGCUCCAAGGCUCAGAGUGUUGCGAGAAAUAUGCCGAAUUAUCCUGGUCUUGAGCGCUGGCGCUUGAUUGAAAAAAUUGGUGAUGGUGCGUUUAGCACGGUCUAUCGUGCGAGCGAUACCCAGUCCGAGUUCAAUGAAGUCGCGGUCAAGGUGAUGAAGAAGUAUGAAAUGAACGAGAAGCAAAAACAAAAAUUGCUUAAAGAGGUCGAGAUUGCUCGGAAACUCAAGCAUGAAAAUGUGGUCAACCUGAUCGACGCUUCCGAAACACGCCAAUUCAGCUAUAUGGUUCUGGAGCUCUGCCCGGGAGGCGAGCUCUAUGAUCAAAUUACGCAACUUACUUCUCUAGACGAGAAUCUAAGCCGACAUGUCAUCAAGCAAGUUGGCAAGGCGGUGGAUUAUUUGCACGAGACCAUGGGCAUCGUUCAUCGAGAUAUUAAGCCUGAGAAUAUCCUAUUCUACCCACGGGUCGGUAGCGAAGGUGAUGAUGAGGAGGGAAAUAUUGGUGUGGUCAAGCUCGCCGAUUUCGGUUUAUCAAAGAUGAUAUGUGGAGUCCCGACCAUGACGCCCUGUGGCACGAUGGGCUACGCUGCCCCCGAACUAUGCAGCGAACAAAAGUACACGACCGGCGUGGACAUGUGGGCUCUCGGCUGCCUUCUUUAUACCAUGUUAGGCGGUUUCCCUCCUUUCUUCGACGAGGACUUCCAGACUAUGGCUCGGAAGGUCCUUCGAGGAGAGUACGAAUUCGCAUCGCCCGAUUGGGAUCCCAUUUCCGAAGAAGCCAAGAAUUUGAUCACCGGCCUUUUAGCUGUCCGUCCCGAAGAAAGAUUGAACAUCAAGGAAUUCCUCGCCCACCUUGGAUUCGCCAAAGCUCCGAUAGCAAGCCCCCCCAGUCAGGCUUGUACGCCUGGAGUAGCCACCAAUGACUGUGGAUCCCGAUUGACUCCAGGCGCGCAGACGCCACCGGAUAUGUUCCAAGAAGCCUUGGAAAGCGCUCCCGGCACUCCGAAUGCCCACACCCCGAACAUUCGAGACAUCUUCAAUGCCGCUCUCUCGGUGCAACAAACAGAACCCCGCCGUGGGCCUAGACACGUGUCACAGGGUCCCAGGCCUAACAUGAAGCCGACAAGGCCUAAGCCCAUGACCCGAUUCUCCGAUAUGAAUAUGGACAAUUGUACGCCUUCCACUCUGGCGCGGAGUCGACCACAUGCCGUCAAUCGCGCGAAGAGGAUUCCAACAAGCGAGACGACGGUGGGAGAACGAUUCAACCAAACAGUCUCCACGCUCUCCACUCUCAAUUUGCACAACAGCGCGUUACUAGAGAGGAGGAGGGCGCGUGGCUGUGGGGGUGCUGCAACACCGACUCUUCACUAG